CCAGUCCAUGUCGUCCCAUAAUAUCUUCAUAUCCAGUGUUGUCUAUUCCGACCUUGGCAUUUAGAUCUCCCAUCAGAAUGGUGAGGUCGUUUCUUGGGCACUUCUCUAUGAUUGACUGCAGCCGCUCGUAGAAUUGAUCUUUAAUGUCGUCGAGGUGCACUUCAAAUAUUCUAAGGACAGACAUAUUGUUCUGCAGUUCAUUCUAUCAUACUUUAUGACUGUAAAAUGUGACCUUCAAAACCAGAGAAUAUUGUUAGAUUGCCAGUAUUUAAUCAUAGAUACCUUCAAAGUAUUGCACGCAUAUGUUUGGACCAUCAAGUUAGCAACAUUGUGGUUAUUCACCGGUUACUUGACACCACCGCAUAUCCCGACGAGUAAUGCUUAUUAAUUCAGAAGUAGGUUUAAAGAAAACCAGAGGGAUCAAAUUAGAACGUGGCAUCAAUUCAUGAAGUUAUUGACUGUUGAACUGGGCUAUGUUGUUAUUUGUAGACUGCAUAUUAAAUCUUUAUGAUUAUCGUAGCCAAUGGUUGAAGACAGUUGAUAUGGCUUUUAGAAGAUCGUAUUGAUGAAGUUUUAUUCACUUUGUUUUCUCGAUAUUUUGAGUUUUAAGAUUAUCUCCGAAACAGGUGCAUUGCAUAAAAUGAGCUGGUUGAUUUUCAAAUAAGACGUGUUGUGAAAAAUGUAAAUGACUACAAUCUCUAAAUUGUCGUCAGACGAUUGACUCUUUUUAUCAUUACGAAGAUCUGAGGUGACCUGGUUGAAAUCUUCAAAUAACUGACCGGUGAAUUUAGAGUUGAAAUGCUCUCACUUUGCUUGCCUUCUAAAACAGAAAGUUUACAAAGUCAUACGAAGAUGUUCAAGUCUUUAAAUCAGUAAUUUGUCAACUGAUUACCUACUUUUUAAUCAUAUAAAGUUUUCUGCCUCAAAACAUGAUAACUUUCUCUGUUGGUGUAUUCAAUGGGUUGAUUCAAAUAAGUCUCAUCACUAGAUGCAUGAGAUGGUUUCUAGCAUCUGGUUCUAUCCGGUUGACUUAAGGUAUUCUUUAGAAAGUUAGGGCUUGUUAAGCCAAAUAAGGCAACUCUCAAAAUACUUCUGGAAUGAGCUCAAAAGGUUCUUUGGAAUUUGGUGGCUGACCUUAAGCCUUUUUUACGUAAUUUAUUGAGGCGAUUACCAAUCAAGUUUUUCCCAGUUAAAAGGAUGGGAGCUGUUAAAUUGCAUCAAAGUUCGCUUGCAUAAAUUUCUAUGAGUAUUCAAUUCCAGGUAUUUGAGGGUGAAAGCUCGUUACUGUAUUUCCAGAUUCAUAGCUUUGGUGUUUCAAUAGGAGGAUAGAAAAGGUUGCAUCAUGAAGUGAUACGAGACUAAAUAUGAAGUGAGACUGCGUAAUAAUGAAGGGUCAGAGAAGAAUAAGAAAGUGAAAAGAAUCCACCGGUCAGAAUUAUGAAAGAUAAUAUUGAUAUUUAGAGUCUCGUAUCAAUUCAUGAUGCAAUCUUUUCUAUCCUUUAUAGACAUAUUUACUUUACAACUAUACGAAUGUACAACUUGAGUAAGUGAUUUCGUCGAAAAGAUUUUCGCUAAAUUUUUAUUUCUAUUCAAUGACAGUGGGUUAUUUUAAUUAUGGUAUUUGUUUGUCAAUUUCAUCGUUAACUGAUUUAUAUGUGUUAGAAUCAUUCAUUGAGCCACACUAACGAUUUUUGAUGAAAAGAAUAGAGGUAUCUUAGAAAGUUUGCAUUUGCAUAUUUAAUUUUGGGUAAGCAAAAGGUUUCAGGAAGUUUGCCGAUUUUUCAAAUCCUGUUUAGGGAAUCUUAUUUUGUAUAAUUGUAAGAUGGGUGUUAAAUAUGAGUGCCAUAUUAUGGUGUGUACGCAUUCUUUCAAAACUCAAUGUAUUUCGGUUUAUAGCGCUACUCAGUGUAACCCCCUUUCCUGGUGCCUCACUGUUGAUUUUUGUUUUUCGUACAUGAAAUAUAUGAAUGCCAACUUCAUUUAUAACAAACAGACAAGUAUUUUGAGUUGAACUUUAAAAAUCAGUGUAAUUCAGCAACAUGGAAACUUUACUUUUGGGUCACAUCGGGUUUGAGAAUUAGCAGUACUACGGUUUUAUCCAAAUCGUAGACAGAACGACUAUUACUUAACUCAAGCCCAUGAGCUUACCUUAAUUACAUCUCAAUUUCUUUUUACUUUGAAACACACGUCAUGGAAAAGCACUUCUUAAAAAACACAAUUUGAGUUGGUAUUAUUCUCGUCAAUCUGCUGGCGAGAUAACAUCCCAAAAGGCACCUAAUUGGAUAUAGUCUUACACAGAUUGUUGUAAGUACCUUCUUUUUAUUUUAUUCCGUAGACUUCACGGCAUUUAUACCUUACUAUCGGUUUUGGAAAUCAAUGAAACGUGUUGUGACAUACAACACACCUACCUUAAUUCAUUCUUCUGUCUGCGGUAAGGCAGCAUACCCCAGGAUAGUUAUCAGUACUACUGUCCCCCCCAGAACCUAAAUUUUAAUUUUUUUUCUGUUUCCUAAUUACCUAUAUGGCAUGAUGAAAUCUCAAGUAACAAUUAUUUUAGCUAGUGUAACUAUUAGACUAACUAUUGAUGGUUUGAAUUAGCUGUUCAGAAUAACGAGAGUGGUGGAUUACACAAGAUAUAUUGUAACCGGUUUUUCACCUAAGGCAUAUUUUGCAUUAUUCCUAAUAAUUCUUUCUUUAAAACUGAAUGGACAUGUUGGGUAGCAGUGAUUAUUUUCAAAUUCACACAGGUGUCAACUUAUGUUUAUCUAGAGCUAUCUUCCAUCAUCAUCACCUCCAAUUUAAUUCGUGAGUUGCUUCAUCCGUAACUCAAUGGAUAAGCUGUAACAGAUCAUGCUUAAACGUAUUAUUGUCCACUACUUUCAAUUAACAUUUCUGAAUUCCGAUUAUGCUAUGCGAAUCUCGUAUUUUGUAGGCCAACAAAAGUGUCCUGAAGUGAUUCAACCAACCUAAUGUCACGUAAUAGAAGUAAAUUCGAAAUCCUUCGUUGAACAGUGUAGAAUUUAUGAUCAUAGCAUUUGCUUGCAGAAUACUGUAAGAAUUUUACACACACUCAAUCGGAACUUAUAGCAAAUUUCGGAUUAUAAGCAAAUAGCUUUUUUAAUCGUAUGAAGCUUGUUUGUCCGCUUCGUUCGGUUGAUGAGUAAACUGAAGUUCCACGAUCUUGUUCUCACAUUAUUUUCACACAAAAAAUGCAAGAUCUGGCGAACCCACUCAGUCAGUCAGCUACAAUGUAGGACCAGGCACAUAUAUGCAUCAGCCCAAGUUGCCACAACUCAUUAGCAUAACAAAGUAGACAUCAAAUUCAUAGGAGUAGUUACUUCGAUGGUAGUAAUACGUGAAAGAAAGAUUGUGUAUAAAGAUAUACAUAAAGGAAGAACUUGUUCGUAAAAACAAAAAUAUAAAGCGGAAGGGAAGACAAAGAAUGUAUACACCGACGCCACUGAUCGAUUCUGAGCCAUGUCACCCAGUGUCUCCAACAGUCACGUGAACCUCAACUAAGUAGUCUGCACUUACCAACAUAGCUCAAACCAGAAGUUAGUGACUUCGAUGACUGAUGCCAACUUUUAGUUUGGCCGCCCCUAACUUCUAACCAUCUCCAACACUUGUCAACAUUUCGUGUCGUGGUAAUCGGUGUUCAGGCAUACGUAACACGUUGCCUAACCAUCUCAGUCGAUGAAUAUUCACAACCUCAUCAACUGAUUUACCAUCAUUCCCUAAUACCUUGUAUCUAACCUCAUUAUUGCUUACCCGGUGAUGCCAGCAGAUGCUGGCAAUAUUUCUGUGAUCAAAUAGUAGAUUUUCUGUUUCAUCUCAGUCAUCAUUAGGGACAGUAUUGACUUUAACUAGUCAACUAAUCAAAUUAUUUUUUCAGAAAUUCCUGAAGCUUUGGAAGGCGGUUGGACCAACCCAAUGCACCAGUAACCUCUAUCGUUGUCUCAUGUUCUCCUUGAUCUGUGAAUCCAAAACGCCUGGUGAAAUGGUCGUUUUGUAGCGAUGUUGAAAGCACUAAAGCUCUAUACCCGAUUUUGAUGGUCGAACGAACACUGAUAGCAAUAGUGAUAUGAAACAUAAUAAUGAUGUUAUAUGCAGUUGGUUCCUGUCUAUUAAACAUCUUUGCCGAAUAUUUUCGUUUUACUAUGAAUAGUAAGCUGUGGUACAAGCUUUUGUCUGUCUUGCGAAUACGAAUCAAACUCGGAUAAUACGAAGCCCACAUUUUUUAUUUACAGACUUCAUUUACCAAUUACUUAAUCAAAUGCUUUUGAUACAGCCAGUGCGUGAUCCUGUACUGUUUCCCUUGGGAUUAAAAGAAGAGGCAAAAAUGUUACUAGGUUCCGAAGACAUUACAAUACACGCAAAGGAUUUACGGAAGUUAGCUCAUCUAGGAUCUGGGUAUUAUGGAAGAGUAGAAAAAAUGAUCCAUACACCCACGUCACACGUUUUUGCUGUCAAACACAUUUCCGUCCAUCUCAAUUACCUCUCAAGACCUCUUAUUUCUCGAGAAUUGGCUGUUGGUACACGCUGUAAUCACCGAUCUGUGGUUACUUGUUACUGUGGUCUGUUUUGUGAAGGUGAUGUUCUUAUUGUUAUGGAGUUAAUGGAUACAUCUUUGGACAAACUACUAAAGAAAGUUUACAACCGUGGUCGUACUUUUCCUACUGACGUCCUAGCGUACAUUGUAUUAUCGGUUGUUGAGGCUCUUGAAUAUCUACAUCAACUUGAGGUUAUACAUCGUGAUGUAAAACCUUCAAACAUGCUUGCAGAUUGUCAAGGCCGAGUAAAGGUUUGUGAUUUUGGAAUAUCAGCCGAUUUAGAAAAUUCAAUCGCACUAACCAACAUAGGGACAAGAGCUUAUUUAGCUCCAGAGCGAAUUAAUACACGAGAGAAUGAAGGGUUUUGUAUUCGUUCAGAUGUAUGGUCACUUGGUUUGAGUGUACUUGAAUUAGCAACUGGAAAACCUUGCUAUCCUCAAUCGCAAAAUGUAUUUCAGCAAUUGGUCCAGGUUGUUCACGAACCAUCACCACAAUUGCCAGAAUCAAGUUGUUAUCCAAAUUCACUACGUAAAUUUAUUGAUUCAUGUCUUAUGAAGAACAAGGAUGAUAGACCGAAUUAUGUUCAACUACUGGAGUCAGAAUUCUUAUCAACUGUUGACGCUAAAAGUGGUCAAGAAUCAUUUAGACUAUUUUUAGCAGAUUAUCUUGAUGAUAAUGAAAAAUGUUGAUAAUUCAUUAUAAUAUCCGUUGUUAUUAUUGAUAAUGAUGUUAACUUACUUAAAAAGUAAGUACAUGUAUAAAUUUUCGCAAUCACAUCAUUAACAUUAGGUUAUAUGUAGUAGGAAUUACUUUUUCUCUGCCUGCUUUCACUAACAAAAGUUGUUUACUAACCUAUAUGUGAUACAUUCCGGUUUUUUUAAUUUCCAAAUUUUAAGAGAUUUCUUUGCUCCUUAUUUGUCUAUCAGUGAUGAUUACAAACUAAUCUUUUGGCCAGCCUUGUUGUUAUUGCUUUUAUCUUGCCAGCAUAUAUAUAUAAUUCUCAUAUAUGUAUAUAAUUUCUCCUGUCACUGUUCUCGUUUAACAUUAUAAUAUCAAUGGUAAUUACAUUUAACAUGUGGUUUUGUCGUUUUAUUUUACCUUUAAUUUUGUCUUCCUAAUUUCGUCUGUCCUUAUAAAUAAUUGUUUCGAUCACUACUAGUCAGAAAUAACAAACAGAUGAAGAAGACUUUUUAUAUAGCCAUUUUCACUGUAGUGGGAUUUUAUUAAAUUUAUUUUAUUAAAGUGAUUUACGUUUUUCUAUUAACGAAAUAUUAGUCAUGACCAUUGAAUGUAAUUAUUUCCGUUAAUACACUGUUAGUUACAAUUUUUUUACAAUAAUGGUGUUUGUUGAAUUCAUUAAGAAGCUUUGUUCGUUAUAUUAUUAUUAUUACACAGCUAGUAAAUAGAGAGCUAAGUUGUAUGAUGUUGAAAUAGAAAUUCGCUUCAUUUUAAUUCUGCCCAUAAAUUUAAGGUGACAUAUCAAUCACUUGCUAUCGUCCACCACAAAUACUAAGUUAUCAUUGAACCCCAUAUUUAUCAACAAUUAUAUAUUAGAUUGCAAUGUAAUAACAUAAUGCGAUAUCGAGGCUAUCCGCACUGAAUGUCAGUAAGAGGCUGAUCAAUUUAUUUAUUUGAACGCAUAAACAUUGGUCCAAGAGGGCACUACAUACAUAUACACUACACAUUAACAAUGAGACUAGUAGCGGUCAUCAUUGGUUUGUGUGAGGGUUGUGACACUGUCCGGGUGUCUAAACUGAAGUUGGUUUUCUUAGGGGUAUCACUUCGAGCAUUUGACCUAGAGGUAUAUUUUACAACUCAGUGAAGCACCAUUAGGAGAUGCAGCCCUAUGAUAGCUGGUGACCAACAAUAGGUUCAUAUGCCCAUGUACGCCAUUGGUUCGGAGUCAGGGUUAUUCAACUCUACUUGUUGGGUCCUCCAUUUCCACCACCCUGGUUAGAGCGCCGGACAUUCUCUUUUCGUCCUCUCAGUUUCGUAAACAACACCACCACCGCAAAACCGAUCAAUUCCAGUCCUAAGCAUCAAUGUCAGUAUUCAAACAAACAAUACACAAAGGAAUUAAUACUUGAAAACACUAACAUUACUCUAUUUAUAAUUUUUUUUACAAAUACUUUGAUAACAAUUUUUUAAUACAAAGGCAAGUACAUCCGAAAAAUUUAUUUGUUGUUGUAACCAUUUUUCAUAUCAAUUACCAAAUGACCAAUUGUUUUUAUGUAAUGAACUUAUAAGAUCAUCACAUUCCACUUCGUUGAUUUAUUUUUACUAGCUCAGACUGGAAUCUAUUUUUUUAUAUUAGCGACUAAUUUUUUUCCACGAAAUAUUGUAGAUAUUAUACAUAUGUGUUUCAUUAUUUCACUGAAAGUUCUGUGAUGUGAAUAUAAUAUAAGAGACGACGAGUUUUAACGUCUAAUAUAUUUGAGAAUAUGUAUCGUUCAUAAAUAACAAGUUGGCAUACGAUCAAAUUGUGCAAGUUUACUGUUUCCAUUAAGAAAUUCUAUAUAUUUCAAUGUUUCAGUCUCUACGUAUUUGAUUCUAAUUAAGUAAAUCACGAGAAUAAGACUAAAUUCAUUCAUCACAAAGUUCUGUUAGUUUUUAUUUUCCUCCUAAAUAGAAAAUGUUUUGCGGUGUAAACAUACACGAUAAUUGUAAUCAAUUAUUUGAGACUCAACUUAUUAUGGAUGGAAUGCAGUUGUAUUCAUUUCCUUUUGGGUAUUGAUCUUUACCAUUACUUCGUACUUUUCAUUUUUUUGGUAUCAAUGCCAAGAUUUUACGCGAUAGCUUCAAAUAAAUUGAACAUCAAUAGC